UGGAUACCACUGGCGUAUCUAGUAUCUUCUUCAUCUAUGUUUUAAACAUAACCAACUUAGAUAUGAAAAAUAGAAAGUAGGGGUAGAUCUAUUGUUCCUAAUCAAAUAAAUAUUAUGCGGUUCUAAAAGAAAAAUUAAUAAAAACCUCUUCAGGCCUUUACAAGAUCGAAACUUGCUUCAAAAUGGGGACUGUAGAAUACGGUUUUCCAAUGAUAGGAGGUCUAAUGCCACAAAUUCAAGCGCUUAUAGCACCGCCUGUAUCGGAGGAUUCAAAGGCAGCAAAAAGUAAAAAGGACAAAGAAGAAAAGAAACAUCCAUACUUUAAAAGACGUGGACGAGGUCAUAAUCGCGAUAUCUGUGAUGCUUGUAGAGAUGGGGGAGAACUAAUAUGCUGUGAUAAAUGUCCUGCAUCAUACCAUUUACAAUGCCAUUAUCCACCAGUUGAUCCAGCAGACAUUCCUAAUGGAGAAUGGUUAUGUUAUGCUUGCCGGUGUGCAUCAAAAAGAAAUCUUUUGGAUAGCAAAGGCAAUGAAAAGAAUAAAAAAAAAUCUGCUUUAGAGGUACUAGCUUUGGCAGCCUCUCUAGUUAAUCCUAGAGAGUUCGAAUUGCCUAAGGAAUUGCAAUUACCAAUAAUGUUUCCUGGUAGCAAUAAAGUAGAUUAUGUUUCGGGUAGAAGAGGAAAGCAGCAAAGCGGAAAUACCAAUGCAGGAAGAAAUCAUUGCUUAGACAGUAAUUUAAUGGUACCUUUACCAGCACGUUUGUGCUUUGAAUGUGGGCGUAGCUGCCGAAAAGCACCAUUAAUCGCAUGUGAUUACUGUCCAUUGUAUUUUCAUCAAGAUUGUUUGGAUCCUCCACUUACAGCUUUUCCUAUCGGUAGAUGGAUGUGUCCUAAUCAUCCGAAUCAUUUUAUAGACCAAAAUUUAUUGACAUCUUGCAGGGUAACAGAACGUAUUAAACUUUGGGAUAAAUAUGCCAAUCAACGUAUAGAUCAACAUGCAGUAAAAUUAGAUUUUUUGCGUAAAGCACGCACAACAAACCCACUUUUUCGUACUAAAGUUAGAUUAGAAGGUAGAACAAGAGUAAAAGUUCCCUGUUCUGUGAAAUUCCAUUACGAGCAUCCGCCAGAAUUAGAUCCUAUACGAUUUUACCAUGAUACUGUCAUACGAUCGGUAAAUAAGAGCACUAAAAAGCAAGAUGCAGAAAAUAAUGAUUGUAGAACUCUUAAAGUUGAAUACACAGAAAUAAAGAAAACAGAAGAGCAGAUGGAGAUAGAAGAAGAGGUAGAACAGAAUAAUGAAAUAAAAGAAGAAAUAAAUAAGGAUGAAAUAAGUAGUGAAACAAAUUGUAUAGAAAAAGUAGGAGAAGAAAGUAUAAAUGAAAAUAGUUGUAUAGACGAUGGUAGUGUUGAGUACUGUGCAGAACAUUUUGGUUACAACAUAAAAGAAGGUGUACAGUUACUUGAAAGACCAGUAUUGGAAGCAUUAGCGCUGCAACGAUUAGAACAACUGCUCGACACAGAUGGAGAAAAUUAUCACCCGAUCAAUUGUCAUACGAUGGCAAGAGCAGCCUUGUUUUCUUUAAAUCAUAAACCCAAACCACCGAUUUUUAUGAUUCAUAAAACAUUAACUAUAGGAAGUGGCCCAAACUGUGAUUUAGUUUUAUCAGAAUAUGGUAAUUGCAGCUUUAUAUCUUCAAAGCAUGCAAUUAUUUUCUUUGACGAGAGUACAAAACGUUAUGAACUAUUAAACUAUAGCGAAUAUGGAACUGUAGUUGAUAACGUACUUUAUUCUUGUAAUUAUAGCGAUGUAGCUACAGAACAAGUAAAAGAAGAAACUGAUGAGAAAAUACAGCUGGUAACAAAAGAACAGAAAACAACAGAGGCAGUGAAAGCUAUAAUAAAAGAAAAAGUAUUACUUUCCCAAGAACAGACAGAAAGAAAAAGAGUAUUAUGCAAAUGUAAUUUAACAAGAUUCCCAGAAGCCGGGAAUAUGGAUAAUUUAGAAGAAGGCUGGGAGGGAAGUGCUAUUAUUGCUCAUGGAUCAACGCUAGCUUUUGGAUGCCUAUUAUUCGUGUUUAAUACGAUGAAUGCACAUUUGGAACGGUGAAAUCUCGCAUUGUAAAUAUUUCAUCAUUUUCAUGUACAGAUAUUUUCUUAAGCUAAAAAUAAUUAAAUUAAUGAAGCAAA